UUAAUAUUUUUUUAUGUAAUAGCCUUUUAUUAUUGUAUAAGAAUUGUUAUUUUAAUUGACAUUUUAUGUUAAUCAUAUUGUGUUGACAUUUAUUCAUGCAUGUACCUCAUACUCGUGUCACUUGUGCAUUUAUAUAUUUUUGUAUAAGAUAUAUGUAUUUGAUUUGUUAUCUCUUUACUAUGGCAACAGAGAGACGGACGGUAAAAUCAGAAGUUACAUCGAUGUUUGACGUUGCGAACAGUGUGAAGACAAUGAAGUAAUUUCGAUCGAAUUUAAAAAUCUCCCCGACUGGAUUUGUCAUGAAUUUCGUUUCGUCUCGAUACGAUGUAACUUCUGCAUGCUUCUGAUAUAAAUAUUUUAAGAUAAAGUCACAAUAGAAAAAAUUUGAAAGCGUAUGUUUCGUUCACGGUGAACAAUGCGUAAUUAGCGUACAAAAAUAGCAAGAUGUUCAAAAAGAAGAAAGUACGCGAGGGUGACAAAGAGAAGAAAGAAAAACGGAAAAAGUGUUUAAACGAGCAAGAAACGUUGUCUUACGAGCAACAAAUUCUAGACAACAAUAGACAACUGUCACGGCUACGCAGUCGAAAUGACGAGCUUGAGUACGAGGUAAAGAAUUUAACGAAGAAGUUCGAGCAGUUGAAGGAGGAUCGAGCUGACAUCGUGGCGCAUUUGAAACGGGACCUGGAGGGAAAGAUAGAGGAGGCUCGUGAACUGAACGAACGUUUACUGGCCCUGGAAGAAUUGAGAAAGCAGGAGCAGGUCGAAUACAAAAAGAGAGAAGGCGCGAUGGAACAAGAGUACCGUACUAUGGAAAACACUUUGAGCGCUGAAGUGAAACUCGGAGCUGGGAAGCUGAAUGCGUUGGAAGACUGGCGAUUAGCCCGCCUGGAUUUGAUGCGCAAGUUCGAGGUGCAGGAAGACGAAAUGACGAAGCAAGAGGAAUUGCACAAGACGACGCUCUACGAAACGGAGAAAUCAGUCAUCGUUACCAAGGCUAAAAUGCAGAAGGAGAUGGAGGAACGCUUGAGGCAGCUCGCUCGGGAAUUCAAGGAGGCGACGAACAUCCGCAUAGCGGACAUGAUGCACAGCGCGAUCAGGAGGAACAUCGCGCUGAACCACGAGCUGAAUUCGAUGUUGAAGACCUGCCAGGACCUGGAGGCGAGGAGCGCGGAAUCCAAGGAAACCGACCGUGCGUUCAGGCUGCAGUGCGAAUUGCUCGAGGGCGAGGCCAAGAUCGCGCAGGAGGACGCGUUGACGUAUAGACGUGCGAUGCACGAGCUCGCCCAGGACUACGUGAACUCGAUUCUCGAAUACGGGCGGGUGCAACGUGAGAACAGGAGGCUCGGCAAUUACGAGCAAAUGAUAGACGAGUACAGGGAGAGAUGCACGGAGUCGGAAGAGAAGAUGAAGGUCCUCGAGCAACAUUUGCAGGAAACCAAAAAGGCCCGGGAGGAAGUCCUUACGGAGGUGCGAAAGAAAUGCGAGGAAUUCGAUAAAUUGAACAAGAGCCUGAACGAAGCCAAACAGUGCGUCCUGGAAGCGUUACAGUUGCAAGAGCAUGUCUGCACGAGCGACAUUUGUACUUCAUGUUGCGCCGAUCAGAAACAGAAGCUUAUUUAUUCGCUGCAGAAUAUACUCGAGAAGCAUAACAUUUCCGACAUAAUCGAAGAUGAUGACUCACAGAAAACCGAGCCCGAAUCUUUGGAAUAGGAUUUCUUGUCUUAAUUUUACUCCGAAGAAUACAAAAAAAACGUGCGCAGAACGAAAAUUGGACUUCUGAUUAAUAUCGGCAUGCAGAAAGGUGGCUCAAGUUCGUCAAGAUUUCUAUACGUAUCUCGCGGUACAUUCAUAAAUUACGCACAU